GGGGAGUGUGCGGUGGAAUGGUGAAGUGAAGUGAGUGCGGUGGAGGGCGUUGUGAGGGUGGCGUUCUACCGUGGUGAGAGUUGGAAGACGAGUGAGUGAGGCAGUGAGUGAGCGAGUGAGUGAGGACGACGAGAUCGACGAAGAAUUGAGACAGGAAAGGGUAGACGAGGUAGGCAGCGGUGAGGAGGCGAGGCACGGCGCGAGAGGGAGGAGAGGAGGGGGAAGGGUGGAGUGGGACGGUGGAGGGGAAUGGCGGGAGGGGGCGUGAGAGUGGCACUGCCAACGACACCGUCCGUGACGAUGGGAGGCGGUGUGCUGCCAGUGGGCGUGAAGGAGACGAAAGAGGGAGUAGUUGUCAAGAGCGAGAAGAAGAAGGACGGGAACGAGUGGACUGAUAGAGCGGUGGAUUUGCUGCUGGAGCUGUAUGAGCAGAAGUGGCGAGGGGUGAGUUUUGGCAAUCUGCGCGUGAAGGAUUGGGAACAUGUCGCGAGUACGAUGGACGAGCGGUACCAUUGGCAAGGCGAGAGGAAAACGUUUUUGCAGUGUAAGAAUAAGAUUGAAAACCUCAAGAAGAGGUACAAGUUGGAGAGAGAAAAGAAAAACGAUGCCGGCGAGGUGAUGAGCGACUGGCCCUGGUUCACGCGUUUGCACGACAUAAUUGGAAAGGCUCCGAAGCAGGUUGGCCUGAUCGAGGAUUCUGAGGGUGGGACUCUGGCAUUAGGGUUAGGGUCGACCGUGGAGGGUCCCGAUGGCGAGAAGGAGUGCGAGGGUGAAGGGCAAGGUGGUGGACUCCUCCCGCAACUCGGAAUUGUUCCGAUUGCAAUGAGAGACGACAGUAAGAUGCGAGCUCUGACCGAGUCUCAGAUCUCCAGUGAGAGAGCCAGUUUUAUGGAAACUCCUCCUGGUAAGGACCGAAAACAGGGGUCCACUGCUGCUUGUGGAACUCGUUGCAUGCAGAAUGUGCCUGAGAUUUCUGGGAAGUCCGCCCGGAAAAGGCGUCGCAAUACUUCGGUGCGAAGUCCGGUGAAGGAUCUCGCAGCCAGCUUCAGUAAUUUCUUCAAUGCUAUGGCGAAGGUCGAAGUGGAAAGGAUGCAAAUGCUCAGAGAACUGAUCUCCAGUAAUACCAGAAAGCGCCCGAGAAUUUCUCAAGCUCCUUCUGACAACGACCAGUGUAGGUGGUGCUCGACGUCCGGCCCGUCGACGGCCCCAGGCCGAAACAGCAUUCAUCAAAAGUUAACGGAAGCUUUGACUCCGACAAAUCUGGAGAUUGAGGAUGUUUCAGUCGAGCACGCUGCUGGGUUGCAACUUGGAGCCGCCCGAACGCACUUCAAUGUGAGGGUUGUUUCAACAGUUUUCGAGGGGCAGAGUCGCAUUCAACGGCAUAGGAUGGUUUACAAGAUUUUGCAGGAUGAGCUGAAGGGCGGUGUGCAUGCCCUGUCGAUAGUUGCAAGAACCCCAACAGAGGCUGCAACUCGUUAGGAUUACGUUUAAUCAGUGCACUAAAAUAUAAUCGAUUGCGGUAGGUGGCUAUGAAGAGAUAUAAAAGAUGCAAGGAUGGUUUUGGAGCUGAUGCUGUUUAUUCCUUGCAACUAUCCGGAUGAGGAGUUGCUGCACAAGUUUCAGGAGCCCAUGAUAACCUUGCAGUGGUGGUGAAAGCAGGUUUGAGGCUGGCAGCUUACUACUGCCCUGACUGCUAGGUCGAACUUAAUGUGUAACUCGGGAACACAUUCGUAGUUAAAUCGAAGUUUUUCCACCCUGAACUUUCCCGAUCUAUCUUGCAAAUGGGCUUAGCCUGACGAUGGACCUCUCGGUUGGAGACGAAAGGAUUGUGGAAGUUCAACGUGGUGUUGUCACUACACGAGUGGUCUACAUGCUUAGACUGGAGAAGAGGAGAGAGAGAGAGAGAGUGAGGAAUCAACCGACAGAUCGUAGAGUGUUGGUAUCCUUCCCCAUGUCCUGGUUGUCUUUCCCUUAGCUAGCGUUCGCAAAUGUUGGCGACACGACACCUUAUAUUGUAUACAUUUUGUUCCAAACUUGUACCAUUUUGACCCGCUUUGGGGGAAAUUACUCUUACCACC